GCUGCGUCCGCGGAAUGUGCGACGUAUCCCCCGUCACCAGAGCCUCGGACCUCCGUCUCCUCUCUGCGUCUAUCCGAGCUCCUCCGCGCCAUCCACCCCGCUCUCCUGCGCCUUUUCCCGGCUACACCUCUGCUGUCCCCGCCGCUGUUGCCGCCGCCGCUGCUCCUGGAGAUCCGUGUCCUGGUUUUUGAAGGUGACUUUGGUUCGAGAUGUCCUCCGCUGCUCCCCCCUUCUCUCUGUCCCCCCUCCCCUUCUCCACGCUCGCUCCUUUCCCACCAGCCACGGCAGCUUCGAGUCUGGGAAACAACGGUACGAUGUGCGAGGAGUGGGAGCACGCCCAUCACCUCCUCUUCCACCUGGGAAACCUGGCUCUCCUGCUGGGCCUGGUGAUCCCGACCACAGUGGCUCUGCACAUGAUCCUGCUCAGACUGCUGCUCAUGACCGGCUGUGGCGUGUUCAUAGUGUGGGCCGCUCUGUACCGCUGUAACAUCGACGUCCUCGUGUGGAACAUCAUCUUCCUCAUCGUCAACUUCAUGCACCUCUUCUUCCUCCUCUACAAACGCAGACCGAUAAAGAUCGACCGUGACCUGAGGCCCGUGUACAAGCGUAUGUUCGAGCCCCUCCACGUCAGAGAGGCGCAGUUCCAAAGACUCACGGGACAGUUCUGCACCAUCCAGACCAUAAAGAAGGGCCAGGCCUACGCUGUGGAGGAGAAGACCUCUGUGGACGAGCGCCUCAGCAUCCUGCUCAAGGGAAAGAUGACUGUUUCAUAUCGGGGCCAUUUCCUGCACAACAUCUACACAAACGCCUUCAUCGACUCUCCAGAGUUCAGGUCCACCGAGAUGCAGAGAGGAGAGAAGUUCCAGGUGACCAUCAUGGCGGAGGAGAACUGCAAGUACAUGUGCUGGUCCAGGGAGCGGCUGACCUACUUCCUGGAGUCGGACACGUUUCUGAAUGAAGUGUUCAGAUAUCUGAUCGGGAAAGAUAUCACCAACAAACUGUACUCCCUCAACGACCCCACCCUCAGUGACAAGGCGGUGAAGCAGAUGGACCGUCAGCCCAGUCUGUGCUCGCAGCUCUCCAUGAUGCAGAUGAGGAACAGUUUGGCGAGCACCAGUGACACCGAUGACGUGCUGCACCAGAUCCUCAGAGGAGGCUCGGCCGGCUCCUCUCAGCAGAAGUCUCCAAGCACCAAAACAUCGGCCAAGAUGAAGCCGAUCGCGGAGAGCCUGGAGGACGAUGUGUUUGAAGCGUCAGGGGCUAAAGCUAGCCGCCUGUCCAGCACCUCCACCGAAGAGGUCUAACCUGCUCCACCGCCUGUCCAGCACCUCCACCGAAGAGGUCUAACCUGCUCCACCGCCUGUCCAGCACCUCCACCGAAGAGGUCUAACCUGCUCCACCGUCCGUCACCGAAGAGGUCUAACCUGCUCCACCAUCCGUCACUGAAGAGGUCUCACCUGCUCCACCGACUGUCCAGCACCUCCACCGAAGAGGUCUGAUCUGCUCCACCGUCUGUCCAGCACCUCCACUGAAAAGGUCCAACCUGUUCCACCGCCCAUCACCGAAGAGGUCUAACCUGCUCCACUGUCCGUCACCAAAGAGGUCUAACCUGCUCCACCAUCCGUCACUGAAGAGGUCUCACCUGCACCACCAUCUGUCACCGAAGAGGUCUGAUCUGCUCCUCCAUCUGCCCAGUACUUCCACCGAAGAGGUCUAACCUGCUCCACCGUCUGUCCAGCACCUCCACCAAAGAGGUCUAUCCUGCUCUAUCAUCUGUCACUGAAGAGGUCUGAUCUGCUCCUCUGUCUGUCCAGCACCUCCACCGAAGAGCUGCUGAAAAACUCUCAUCUGCUCCAAAGACCCACUGUACACUCCAACUUUUAAACACGUCCAGAAGAGUUGACAAAAGACUGAAAUAUGAACGAAGGUACAAGGACAAUCACAUUUCAGAACAUGUUUGCAAAGGUGGGUAGUACUCAUACACAUAGUUUUACUACAGUACUAUUUUGUGUUGAAGUAACAGUAGACACUUUAGAAGAAAAACCACAGCAUUUACUCAAGGAGGAGUAAUGUGACAAAAACUUUCUGUGACAAUAUGAAAUUGUUUAAACGUGUUUCUUGCAGCGCUCCUUAAGAUAUGAUUUUGUUUUUCCCAUUUCUGCACCCGUCCUUUGAAAAGAUCAUAGUUUGUGUUUUAUUGAAUGUUUUGUUUUUCCAGUUAUAUUGAUUUGAAAUUAUUAAUCACAUGUUAUGUCCAGACACUUUCACUUUAGUGGUAGUUUCUGCAAAUACAUUUUUCUUCAACCACUACUUUGUACUUCUACUUAAGUAAUUUUAUUUUUGUUACUCUACCCACCUCAUCAUGUUUAUACCGAUCUAAACUACAGGGUUAGCCAUUUCUUUAUACAGAAUAAGACUGUAGAGAUUUUGCUG